GGCACCCGCCACCGCUUCGCUGCGGCUCGCCGGCCGGCGCGGCCCGGAGGCGCGAGCCAUGGAAUCGGAGGAGGAGCAGCACAUGACCACGCUGCUGUGCAUGGGCUUCUCGGACCCUGCCACCAUCCGCAAGGCCCUGCGCCUGGCCAAGAACGACAUCAACGAGGCCGUGGCGCUGCUCACCAACGAGCGGCCCGGCCUCGACUACGGCGGCUACGAGCCCAUGGACAGCGGCGGCGGCCCCAGCCCGGGGCCCGGUGGCGGCCCGCGGGGCGACGGUAGCGGGGACGGCGGCGGCCCCUCCCGCGGCGGGAGCACGGGAGGCGGCGGCGGGUUCGAUCCCCCUCCUGCCUACCACGAGGUGGUGGACGCGGAGAAGAAUGAUGAAAAUGGAAACUGCUCAGGGGAAGGAAUUGAAUUCCCUACAACAAAUUUAUAUGAACUAGAAAGUCGUGUUUUGACUGAUCAUUGGUCCAUCCCGUACAAGCGAGAAGAAUCCCUAGGCAAAUGCCUGCUGGCAUCUACCUACCUUGCAAGACUUGGUCUUUCAGAAUCGGAUGAAAAUUGUAAAAGAUUUAUGGAUAGGUGCAUGCCUGAAGCAUUUAAAAAGCUCCUGACAUCAAGUGCCGUUCACAAGUGGGGUACUGAAAUUCAUGAAGGAAUCUACAACAUGCUGAUGCUAUUGAUAGAACUGGUUGCAGAAAGAAUAAAACAAGAUCCAAUUCCCAUUGGGCUUCUGGGCGUGCUUACAAUGGCUUUCAAUCCUGAUAAUGAAUACCAUUUUAAAAACAGAAUGAAAGUGUCUCAGAGGAAUUGGGCAGAAGUGUUUGGAGAAGGAAAUAUGUUUGCUAUUUCACCCAUAUCUACUUUCCAAAAGGAACCUCAUGGAUGGGUUGUGGACUUGGUAAAUAAGUUUGGAGAACUAGGUGGAUUCGCAGCAAUCCAAGUCAAACUCCAUUCAGCAGACAUAGAACUUGGGGCCGUCUCAGCACUGGUGCAACCCUUAGGCGUAUGUGCAGAGUACCUGAAUUCCCCAGUGGUGCAGCCUAUGCUGGACCCAGUCAUCCUUACUACAAUCCAGGAUGUGCGGAGUGUGGAGGAAAAAGAUCUCAAGGACAAGAGAUUGGUUAGCAUCCCUGAGCUCUUAUCUGCCAUUAAGUUACUUUGUAUGCGCUUCCAACCGGAUCUGGUGACAAUUGUGGAUGACCUUCGACUUGACAUUCUACUGCGCAUGCUGAAAUCACCACAUUUUAGUGCUAAAAUGAAUUCCCUCAAAGAAGUAACCAAAUUAAUAGAAGAUAGCACUUUAUCCAAAUCUGUGAAGAAUGCUAUAGAUACAGACAGAUUGCUAGACUGGCUAGUUGAAAAUUCAGUUCUGUCAAUUGCACUAGAAGGCAACAUAGACCAAGCACAAUACUGUGACCGUAUAAAGGGAAUUAUUGAACUCUUGGGCAGUAAAUUGUCUUUAGAUGAGCUCACUAAAAUCUGGAAGAUACAGUCUGGACAAUCAUCUACCGUGAUCGAGAACAUUCACACGAUUAUUGCUGCUGCAGCUGUGAAAUUUAAUUCAGAUCAGCUUAAUCAUUUGUUUGUUCUCAUUCAGAAGAGCUGGGAGACAGAGAGUGAUAGAGUACGGCAGAAACUGCUGAGUCUGAUUGGAAGAAUAGGUCGGGAAGCCCGCUUUGAGACCACUUCUGGAAAGGUGUUAGACGUACUAUGGGAACUGGCUCAUCUUCCAACCCUGCCCAGCAGCCUUAUUCAGCAAGCAUUGGAGGAGCACCUGACAAUCCUUAGUGAUGCAUAUGCAGUGAAGGAAGCAGUCAAGAGGAACUACAUCAUUAAGUGCAUAGAAGAUAUUAAAAGGCCUGGAGAAUGGUCAGGUUUGGACAGAAACAAGAAGGAUGGAUUCAAGUCAUCUCAGCUUAGUAACCCCCAGUUUGUGUGGGUGGUGCCAGCUUUACGUCAGCUCCAUGAAAUCACCCGCUCAUUCAUAAAACAAACAUAUCAGAAGCAAGACAAGAGCAUUAUUCAAGAUUUGAAGAAAAAUUUUGAAAUAGUGAAACUGGUAACAGGAAGUUUGAUAGCUUGUCAUCGACUUGCAGCAGCUGUAGCUGGACCUGGAGGCUUGACUGGUUUGACCCUAGUAGAUGGCCGAUACACUUACCGGGAGUAUUUAGAGGCACACCUGAAGUUUCUAGCAUUUUUCUUGCAAGAAGCCACCCUAUAUCUUGGGUGGAACCGAGCCAAGGAAAUCUGGGAGUGCCUUGUGACUGGACAGGAUGUUUGUGAAUUAGAUCGAGAGAUGUGUUUUGAGUGGUUUACAAAAGGUCAGCAUGAUCUUGAGAGUGAUGUUCAGCAGCAACUCUUCAAGGAGAAAAUACUAAAAUUGGAGUCAUAUGAAAUCACUAUGAAUGGUUUUAACUUAUUUAAGACUUUUUUUGAAAAUGUGAAUCUCUGUGAUCAUCGAUUAAAAAGACAAGGCGCUCAAUUGUAUGUUGAAAAAUUGGAAUUGAUAGGAAUGGAUUUCAUUUGGAAAAUUGCCAUGGAAUCACCUGAUGAAGAAAUUGCCAAUGAAGCUAUUCAGUUGAUCAUAAACUACAGUUAUAUUAAUCUAAAUCCUAGGUUAAAGAAAGAUUCAGUGUCCUUACAUAAGAAGUUUAUUGCGGAUUGCUAUACAAGAUUAGAAGCAGCUAGUUCAGCACUUGGUGGCCCCACUCUAACACAUGCUGUGACCAGAGCAACAAAAAUGCUUACAGCAACAGCCAUGCCAACUGUAGCAACAUCUGUUCAGUCUCCAUAUAGAUCCACAAAACUUGUGAUAAUUGAGAGAUUACUUCUUCUGGCUGAACGCUACGUGAUCACAAUAGAGGAUUUUUACUGUGUUCCACGAACUAUUCUACCUCAUGGUGCAUCAUUUCAUGGACAUAUUUUAACUCUUAAUGUUACUUAUGAGUCUACCAAAGAUACUUUCACUGUAGAGGCCCACAGUAAUGAAACAAUAGGCAGUGUCCGGUGGAAGAUAGCAAAGCAGUUGUGCUGUCCUGUGGAUAAUAUACAGAUAUUUACAAAUGAUAGUCUGCUGACAGUGAAUAAAGAUCAAAAGCUCCUCCACCAGCUGGGCUUUUCUGAUGAGCAAGUCCUUACAGUAAAGACCUCUGGCAGUGGGACCCCUUCUGGGAGCUCAGCAGACUCCUCAACCAGCUCUAGCAGCAGCAGCAGUGGAGUCUUUAGUUCAUCGUAUGCCAUGGAGCAGGAGAAAUCCCUUCCUGGUGUAGUGAUGGCUCUUGUGUGUAAUGUGUUUGACAUGCUCUACCAGCUUGCCAAUCUAGAGGAGCCAAGGAUAACGCUACGAGUACGAAAGCUUCUGCUGUUGAUACCUACUGAUCCAGCCAUUCAGGAAGCCCUUGACCAACUUGAUUCAUUAGGCAGAAAGAAAACAUUACUUUCUGAAGCAAGUUCUCAGUCUUCAAAAUCUCCAUCCCUCUCUUCAAAGCAACAGCAUCAGCCCAGUGCCACUUCAAUCCUAGAAAGUCUCUUUCGAUCUUUCGCUCCAGGAAUGUCUACCUUUAGAGUACUCUACAACCUGGAAGUUCUAAGUUCCAAACUCAUGCCAACAGCUGAUGAUGAUAUGGCAAGAAGCUGUGCAAAAUCCUUCUGUGAAAACUUCCUGAGAGCAGGAGGUUUGAGUUUGGUUGUAAAUGUCAUGCAGAGGGAUUCCAUCCCCUCAGAAGUAGACUAUGAGACAAGACAGGGUGUUUAUUCCAUCUGUCUACAACUUGCAAGAUUUUUACUUGUUGGACAAACAAUGCCUACGUUAUUAGAUGAAGACCUCACUAAAGAUGGCAUCGAAGCACUUUCUUCUCGCCCAUUCCGAAAUGUUAGCAGACAGACAAGCAGACAGAUGUCCUUAUGUGGUACCCCAGAAAAGUCAUCCUACCGGCAAUUGUCAGUGUCAGAUAGAUCUUCUAUCAGAGUUGAGGAAAUCAUCCCUGCUGCUCGGGUAGCAAUACAAACCAUGGAAGUGAGUGAUUUUACUUCUACCGUGGCAUGUUUCAUGAGAUUGUCAUGGGCUGCGGCUGCAGGACGACUUGACCUUGUUGGAAGUAGCCAACCAAUUAAAGAAAGUAAUUCUCUGUAUCCUGCUGGAAUUCGAAACAGACUCAGCAGUUCAGGAAGCAAUUGCAGUUCUGGAAGUGAAGGAGAGCCAAUAGCUCUGCAUGCGGGAAUCUGUGUUCGACAGCAGUCUGUAUCCACCAAAGAUUCAUUGAUUGCCGGGGAAGCUUUGUCUCUUCUUGUGACAUGCCUACAGCUCCGCAGCCAGCAACUGGCAUCUUUCUAUAACUUGCCCUGUGUUGCUGAUUUUAUCAUUGACAUUCUGCUCGGAUCAGCAAGUGCUGAGAUCCGUCGUGUUGCCUGUGACCAGUUGUACACUCUGAGUCAGACAGACACUUCAACCCAUCCAGAUGUACAGAAGCCAAAUCAGUUCCUUUUGGGUGUCAUUCUUACAGCUCAGCUGCCUCUCUGGUCCCCAACUAGUAUUAUGAGAGGAGUCAAUCAGAGACUGUUGUCUCAAUGUAUGGAAUAUUUUGAUUUGAGGUGCCAGUUAUUAGAUGAUCUGACAACUUCAGAAAUGGAGCAGUUACGAAUCAGCCCAGCCACCAUGCUGGAAGAUGAAAUUAUGUGGCUGGAUAACUUUGAACCUAAUCGCACAGCAGAAUGUGAGACCAGUGAAGCAGACAACAUCUUAUUGGCAGGUCACUUGCGGCUUAUUAAGACCCUCCUUUCACUCUGUGGAGCAGAAAAGGAAAUGCUUGGUUCUUCACUCAUUAAACCAUUGCUAGAUGACUUCCUUUUCCGAGCUUCUAGAAUCAUCUUAAAUAGUCAUUCUCCAGCUGGCAGUGCCGCCAUCAGUCAACAGGAUUUUCAUCCAAAGUGUAGUACAGUGAAUAGUCGAUUGGCAGCUUAUGAAGUCCUCGUGAUGUUGGCAGACAGUUCCCCUUCAAACCUUCAAAUUAUUACAAAAGAACUGCUUUCUAUGCAUCAUCAGCCUGACCCUGCUCUUACAAAGGAGUUUGAUUACCUUCCCCCAGUGGAUAGCAGAUCCAGCUCAGGCUUUGUGGGGCUCAGGAAUGGUGGCGCUACCUGUUACAUGAAUGCAGUCUUCCAGCAGCUGUAUAUGCAACCUGGGCUCCCUGAGUCCCUGCUUUCAGUGGAUGAUGACACAGACAAUCCAGAUGAUAGUGUAUUUUACCAAGUACAGUCUCUCUUUGGGCAUUUGAUGGAAAGCAAGCUGCAGUAUUAUGUACCUGAGAACUUCUGGAAGAUAUUCAAAAUGUGGAACAAAGAACUUUAUGUGAGAGAACAGCAGGAUGCUUAUGAAUUCUUCACUAGUCUCAUUGAUCAGAUGGACGAAUAUUUGAAGAAAAUGGGAAGAGACCAAAUCUUUAAGAACACUUUUCAAGGUAUCUAUUCUGAUCAGAAGAUCUGUAAAGACUGUCCUCACAGAUAUGAGCGUGAGGAAGCUUUCAUGGCUCUCAAUCUAGGAGUUACUUCUUGUCAGAGUUUGGAAAUUUCUUUGGACCAGUUUGUUAGAGGAGAAGUUCUGGAAGGAAGUAAUGCAUACUACUGUGAAAAGUGCAAAGAAAAGAGAAUAACAGUGAAAAGGACCUGUAUUAAGUCUUUACCUAGUGUGUUGGUAAUUCACCUAAUGAGAUUUGGAUUUGACUGGGAGAGUGGACGCUCUAUUAAAUAUGAUGAACAAAUCAGGUUUCCCUGGAUGCUAAACAUGGAGCCUUACACAGUUUCAGGAAUGGCUCGCCUGGAUUCAUCUUCUGAAGUUGGUGAAAAUGGGAGAAAUAUGGAUCAAGGUGGUGGAGGCUCCCCACGGAAAAAAGUUGCCCUUACAGAAAAUUAUGAACUUGUUGGUGUCAUUGUACACAGUGGACAGGCACAUGCGGGUCAUUACUAUUCCUUCAUUAAAGACAGGCGGGGCUGUGGAAAAGGAAAGUGGUAUAAAUUUAACGACACAGUUAUAGAAGAAUUCGACCUAAAUGAUGAGACUCUGGAGUAUGAAUGCUUUGGAGGAGAAUAUAGACCUAAAGUUUAUGAUCAAACAAAUCCAUAUACUGAUGUACGUCGAAGAUACUGGAAUGCCUAUAUGCUCUUCUACCAAAGAGUAUCUGAUCAAAACUCACCAGUAUUGCCAAAGAAAAGUCGAGUAAGCGUUGUAAGACAGGAAGCUGAGGAUCUCUCUCUGUCAGCACCUUCUUCACCAGAGAUUUCACCUCAAUCAUCUCCUCGUCCGCAUCGGCCUAAUAAUGACCGACUCUCCAUUCUUACCAAGCUGGUAAAAAAAGGUGAGAAGAAGGGACUAUUUGUGGAGAAAAUGCCUGCUCGAAUAUACCAGAUGGUGAGAGAUGAAAACCUCAAGUUUAUGAAGAAUAGAGAUGUGUACAGUAGUGAUUAUUUCAGUUUUGUUUUGUCUUUAGCCUCAUUGAAUGCUACUAAAUUAAAACACCCAUAUUAUCCUUGUAUGGCAAAGGUGAGCUUGCAGCUUGCCAUUCAGUUCCUUUUUCAGACUUACCUACGGACAAAGAAAAAACUCAGGGUUGAUACUGAAGAAUGGAUUGCUACUAUUGAAGCAUUACUUUCAAAAAGUUUUGAUGCUUGUCAAUGGCUGGUUGAAUAUUUUAUUAGCUCUGAAGGACGAGAAUUGAUAAAAAUUUUCUUAUUGGAGUGCAGUGUAAGGGAGGUGAGAGUUGCUGUGGCCACCAUUCUGGAGAAGACCUUAGACAGUGCCUUGUUUUAUCAGGAUAAGUUAAAAAGCCUUCAUCAGUUACUGGAAGUACUUCUUGCUCUUUUGGAUAAAGAUGUCCCAGAGAAUUGUAAAAAUUGUGCUCAGUAUUUUUUCCUGUUCAACACUUUUGUACAAAAGCAAGGUAUUAGGGCUGGAGAUCUUCUUCUGAGGCAUUCAGCACUCCGACACAUGAUCAGCUUCCUUCUUGGGACCAAUCGCCAGAACAAUCAGAUACGCCGAUGGAGCUCAGCACAAGCACGGGAAUUUGGGAAUCUCCAUAAUACAGUAGCAUUGCUUGUCUUGCAUUCAGAUGUCUCUUCUCAGAGGAAUGUUGCUCCUGGCAUAUUUAAACAACGGCCACCUGUUAGCAUUGCUCCCUCAAGCCCUCUGCUGCCACUCCAUGAGGAAGUAGAAGCCUUGCUGUUCUUGUCAGAAGGGAAGCCUUACCUGUUAGAGGUCAUGUUUGCAUUGCGAGAGCUGACUGGCUCACUCCUAGCACUCAUUGAGAUGGUGGUGUACUGCUGUUUCUGUAAUGAGCAUUUUUCUCUCACCAUGCUGCAUUUUAUUAAGAAUCAACUAGAAACUGCUCCACCUCAUGAGUUAAAGAAUACCUUCCAACUGCUUCAUGAGAUACUUGUCAUUGAAGAUCCUAUUCAAGUGGAACGAGUUAAAUUUGUAUUUGAGACAGAAAAUGGAUUACUAGCUUUGAUGCAUCACAGUAAUCACGUUGACAGCAGUCGCUGCUACCAGUGUGUCAAAUUUCUUGUAACUCUUGCUCAAAAGUGUCCUGCAGCUAAAGAAUACUUCAAGGAAAAUUCUCACCACUGGAGUUGGGCUGUGCAGUGGCUACAGAAGAAGAUGUCGGAGCACUAUUGGACACCACAGAGUAAUGUUUCUAAUGAAACCUCAACUGGAAAAACCUUCCAGCGAACCAUCUCAGCGCAGGACACAUUAGCAUAUGCCACAGCUUUGUUGAAUGAAAAAGAACAAUCAGGAAGCAGCAAUGGGUCAGAGAGCAGUCCUGCCAAUGAGAAUGGAGAGAGGCACUUACAACAGGGAUCAGAAUCUCCCAUGAUGAUUGGCGAGUUAAGAAGUGACCUUGAUGAUGUUGACCCUUAGAAGACUGUGCCUAGCACCUGACAACACUGGGUGCUUGGCACCUCAAGAAACCAGAAUCUCAUCCUCAAAGCCCUUGGCGGAGCCUGGAGAGCUGGGAAAGUGUGACUCUGGAGGGCCAUGUGCUCUGAAGGAAAGCUUUCUUUGGCCCCUAGAGGGUUGGGAGAUGUUGGCAGACAAACUCCAGCAAGUGGAUCCAUGUCCUGCAUGUGGGUUGACACUUGUGUGGAGACCAAGGAAACAGAGCUGCUGCCAAGCUCCUGUCCCAUGAGCACACAAGAGAGGGGUAAGCGGUGGCUUUGUCUUCAUUGCCACAAGAGAAACUCCUUUGUUUUUAUAUUUUAUGGGAAAAAGGCGAGCUGCCUUUUGGUGUGUGGGGGAAAAUUUUUAAUGUUACAGUAAUAUUGAGUAGGAAUAUCCCAUUUAAAAUGAUGUAAAGAUAUGUGGUAAAACUCCUUUUCAUGUAAAGUAGUGGCUGAAGAAUUGCGUUUACAUGGACCUUUGUAUUUAAUAUGUCUCCCUCUCCAUAUAGCAUUGCCCAUGGGUCUGGUUGAGAGCUCUGGGCUUAGGCUUGGACCUUGAGGAAAAGCUAUCAGGAACAAAACUGGAACAUUCACUAAGCUCUUGAAGGUACUUUCUGAUACGAUUAAGACUGAAAAGAGCAAUAAAAACACUGUGUUCUGCAGAAGCACAGGCUGCACCCUUGGCCGUCAAUCCUAAGGAGGUUAUGGUUGCUCACAAAACAGAUUUUUUAAGUGAAAUUAAAAGCACUUUCAGAUAAAAUUUUUAUCCAGUUUGACUUCUUAAAAUUUAUCUUUUUAGUGCUUGGAGACAUAUUGAAUAAACUGUAGUCUCAAACCAUGUGACCUGCAAUCAUUUGCUUUAACCUGAUCAGAACUGCAGCGGCCCUUUAACAUUGGCUGUAUAUGAAGUUAGGUAUCUAGAUUGGGAGUCCCUGUUUUCUGAGUUUCAUUAUAAGUUUAAUGCUGAGAUUUACCUUGAAAUUUUAUUUCUCCUCAAUGAUUAGUACUAUAAAGGCAAGGUAUAAGAGUGACUUACUCAGAAAUCUCUUAAGAGUGACUGAACACUCAUCCAUUCAGUUAUACUGCCCAAUGUAGCAUCAUAGCUCAUCAGAUUCAGAGGCCUAGGGCAGUAGGGAAGAAGUGGAAAAAGACCUUUCCUGUAUUGUGUACCUUUUAUAUGUUGAAUUGCUUGGUUUCAGCCUUUUUUUGGCUUUAGAUACACUUUCUGCUGUAUUUUCCACUCACCAUGUGCAGAGCUUGGGAACCUUGGGAAGUGCCAGAUUACCAGUGUCAGCCAGAGUUGCCAAGUCAAAGAGGCCCAACCAGCCCCAAAGUGCCUUUCUGGUUGUUUUGCAUCUGUGGGGGCACAUAACAGAGGUGACAACUUCCCUUCUGUGCACUUAGAAUAGCCCUUUCUUCCACUGUCCCCUGCAAAAGUCCACUUGUGGAACUUUUGUGGCAAGCAGCCAGACCCAUACCCAGGAGGAGAUGGAAGGCCAGCAUUGGAAAGAACUCUGCCUCCAAAGCACACAGAUGAGUAGCAAAUUUGGAAUGAUUCCAAUAUUCUUACAAUUUUGAAUGUGAGGUUCUAAAGUUGAUUUUAAAUACCUGAACACCCCUUGCUCUGCUACACACACAUACACACACCCAACACACACACACACAAACACUUCUCUCCACACCCAUCUUUGCUGAAAGAUAGUGUGAGACAUGCAUUGAAAUGCUGGCGGUGAUAUGUGUUGGGUUAUAGUCGCCAGCAACUGCACUCAGGAGCCAAAUUCAGGAGUGAAAUGGCCACUUCUAGUCCCUUAUUUCCUAUGGAAACGAUGAUGCCCUCCACCCCUGUACCUGCCGUCUCUCCUCAUGGGAAGCCACAUCAGGAUCGCUGUCCACUCUACGCUUUGAUUCAUUGUUAUGUUGUUGCUGCAAUGAGCAUCAUUUCUGCUUUACCAGCAACCACCCCAAUUCCUGUGGCUGCAGUCAACAAACCUGCUGAGGACUGUUUUUAAUGUCUUACCACAAAGUGACAAUUGUGACAGGCUUGCCUUGGAAGAGUUGUCAUUUUUACUGCCAAUUUUUUGGAUGACGUUUUUAUAAUCUUUCACAAAGUCUGCAAAUCAAGCAGGAAUUGCACAACUUACUCAAUGCUGUGUGUUCUCGAGAAGCUCCCUGAGUCCAGGCUGUUCGUGGGACCUGCAGGUACCCUGGGACAGAUGAGCAAGCACCCUGUGAGCAGCUUGCCCACAGUUCUCCUGACAGACUGGUGUGGCCACUAACAAAAGUUGAAAGACCUAGAGCACGAGCCAUCAGGCGCAUGUGGCUCACCCUUCCCUCCCUGCUGACAUGGAGGCCUGUGCAGACCUCUGAGCUUCUGAACCAGCAGACUGGAAUUUUCCUCUGCUACCUCUGUGUACAAAGUCUUGUUUAUAAAAUUUCAAAAGAAAGUAGGUAAACUAGGGAGGAAUCUUAAUUCUAAGCUUGGGUCAUGUGUACAAGAGAUCUUAGCUUGUAAGAGUAUAAAAUAAAUUUUCCAAAAAUGA